AUGGCCCGAAUGAACUGCCCAGCUCCAGUGGAGAUAACUUACAAGAAUAUGCGAUUCCUUAUAACUCACAACCCAACCAAUGCAACCUUAAAUAAGUUUAUAGAGGAACUUAAAAAGUAUGGCGUUACUACAGUAGUAAGAGUUUGCGAAGCUACUUAUGACACUGCUCUAGUGGAAAAAGAAGGUAUUCAAGUUCUGGACUGGCCUUUUGAUGAUGGUGCCCCACCAUCCAACCAGAUUGUAGAUGAUUGGUUGAACCUUCUGAAAUCUAAAUUCCGUGAAGAACCUGGCUGCUGUGUUGCUGUUCAUUGUGUUGCUGGCCUUGGGAGAGCUCCAGUUCUUGUUGCUCUUGCACUUAUUGAAUGUGGAAUGAAAUAUGAAGAUGCAGUGCAGUUUAUAAGGCAGAAGCGCAGAGGAGCAUUUAACAGCAAGCAGCUACUGUACUUAGAAAAAUAUCGUCCAAAGAUGCGUUUACGUUUUAAAGAUUCAAAUGGUCACAGAAACAACUGUUGCAUUCAGUAAACCAGUGUAGAUGCCUGCAGGAAAAUGUAGGCCAUGGCUGUUGUAGAAGCUAACGUAUUGCAUAGGUCAAAUAAAAACCUGACGAGUAUGAACAUGUGUAGGUCACAGCCCUGGCAGUAAUAAAACUGCUUCAAUGCUAAUGCAAUUGGGCUUCCUUAUUUCUUUUCUUGAUCUCUAUCUCCAUGCUAACUAGUUAGUCUAAUCAUGUAAUAGUAAUCUAAUCCACUUUUUUUUUUUUUUUUUUUAAGCAUAUAGGCUAGUCAUAGAGAAUCUAAUGCCAAAAUACCCAGCACAAUGUGUUUUGUUUUUAAUACACUACAAUGCCUGAUAAUUCUAACAACUUUUUACAUUUAACCCUCUAAAGCCCUGCAGUUUAACAGGUUGGCUAGCUGUUUACAUCUUCUCCCACAGAUGCAGCAGUAUCAGGUUUUUGUACAGUUUAGUGUAUGCCACUGCCAUUAUAUAUUUGGCUUCCUUUGUGCUAAAAAAAUGUGCAUUGCCAGAUUCUCAGACCUUACAUGGUGUAAAUUUGGCACCAUAUCUAUCUAGGUAAAGCAUUAUCAACUGUUGUAUAGAAGCACAUCAUAUUGUACAACUUUACAGACAAAGCCUUACUGUUUGAAUUCAUGUCUGUACCGCUUGGUGCAUCUUGAUAUGGAGGACCUGAUAUAGUGUAUUUUUUUCUAGUAAAAUGUUGCCUUUGUCUUGUGCAGGAAGUGUAGAAUAUGCCCUUUUUUCUGUGAAAUAUUUUUAAAACUUAUUUGCUUUAAUGUAGCUAAUUCUUAACAUAAAAAUUCUGAACUUGUAAUUUCUUUUACUGUGCAUUUAGAGUUGUUUACUACCCGUUCCUUAUUUCCCUAUCUGAGAUUCUGCUCACAUCGCGGCAGAAGUCCAUGUCUAAUAUUUUGUAUGCCCUAUGAGCUGUGUAACUUAAUAUUUGAAUACUUGAUUUUGUUUUAUGUAUUUGAUAAAAAUGGUGAUGUAUUGAUGUUAGCUCAACCAUAUAUUUAUACUGUCUUGGGAAUGUGUGGUGUUCUGUGGGAGAAUAAAUUUACCAGUGUUCACCAGCUUGUAAAAUCUAGUAUGAGCCUAAAUAAAGAAGGAAAAUACA